AUGGCUGUACCCCAGCCUUGCCGCCCGAAGCCGAACCUGUGCAGCCUGCGGUCUCCGCCCGAGCAGACGCUGCAGGUGAAGGUGGUGGGGCUCUUCAAAAGCUCCAGCUUUCAGAUUGCCAAGAGCACAGCUGAGAGUCUGAAGACUACUUAUCCAUCCAAGUUUGAAGAUCCUAUAAUAGUUCCUCUUCAAGAAUUUGCGUGGGAUCAAUAUCUGCAGGAGAAAAAAAGGGAACUCAAGGGUGAAACCUGGGAAUGUUCUUCCUCCGUGAUAUGUUUUGUUAACGAUCAGUUCCUGGGUGAUGCACUUGAGCUGCAGAAAUGGGCUCACAAGGUGUGGGAUAUACUUGAUGUUAAGCCCCUUGCACUUUAUGAGGCACUGACUUUGGAUUAUUCCGCUAAGUUCUUAAGCGACACCAAGCAUGACUUUGUGUUCUUGGACAUUGCUAUUGAUAAUUAUCCAAUUGGAAGAUUGGUUUUUGAGCUCUACUGUGAUACAUGUCCCAAAACAUGUAAGAAUUUUCAGUUCUUGUGCACAGGAAAGGCUGGAUGGUCUCAAAGUGGCUUAAGGCUUCAUUAUAAAGAUUCAGUUUUUCAUCGGUUAGUACAGAAUGCUUGGCUACAAGGAGGAGAUAUAGAAGCUGGAAGAGGAGAUGGUGGAGAGUCAAUUUAUGGACCAACAUUUGAAGAUGAGAACUUUGCAAUUCCUCAUAAUAAAAGGGGAGUUCUUGGAAUGGUCAACAAAGGCCAUCACACCAAUGGAUCACAAUUCUAUAUCACACUACAAUCAGCUCCCUAUCUAGAUAAAAAAUAUGUGGCUUUUGGGCAACUGAUUGAAGGAACAGAUGUUCUUAAACAACUGGAAUUAGUUCCAACAGAGAAUGAAAGACCAGUACCUACAUGUGUAAUUAUUGACAGUGGAGAUCUUUAUGGCUGA